AUGGCCCCGUCCCAGAAAGCGAAGGAGAAGCAGGUCGCUGAUUCCGAGGAGGAGCGCCCUGAGGCCGACGACGGCGAGGAGACUGGCUCCGAGGGCUCUGAGGACGAGCCCGAGCCUGCCGGGUCCAGUCUGCCCGAGUCGAGCACACCGUCCACGUCGAGCAAGAAGAAAAAGAAGAAGCGGUCCAAGGCGUUGAAGGCUCUGAAUGCGCUCCGCCCCGGGAACAAGGACGGCAUCCCGGACGCGCUCGUGAGCACUGUGCUGGAGAAGGUGCGCCAGGAGGGCGGCGAGGAGGGCGGGCAGGCGGAUGCUGCGACUGUGCGCGCCGCGCUGGAACAAAUGAAAAUCAAGGAUGUUAUCCAAGGCAAGGCGGGGAUCGGAGGGAAGAACCAGAAGGAUAUGGGCGGACACAAGUUCUGGGCUACGCAGCCGGUCCCUCAGCUUGGUGAGCGCGGACGUGCCUAUGCGAUUGGAGAGGAGGUUCCAACUGCUGAUGGAUACAUCGAGCCGUCUAAGCCACCAGAGGAAGUGCGCCAGGAACCGUACCCUCUUCCGAAGGACUUUGAGUGGACGACAGUUGAUGUCAACGAUCCCGUACAACUACGGGAAGUGUACGAAUUGCUCUCCGGCCACUACGUCGAGGACGACGUCGCGUCGUUCCGCUUCCAGUAUUCUGCGCACUUCCUGCACUGGGCUCUCCAGCCGCCAGGGUACCACAAGGAAUGGCACAUCGGCGUGCGUGUUGCAUCUAACAAGAAACUCGUCGCAUUCAUCUCCGGUGUGCCCAUGACCAUUCGGGUUCGAGAUAACACCUUCCAGGCGAGCGAGGUCAACUUCCUCUGCGUACACAAGAAACUCCGUUCCAAGCGCCUUGCACCAGUACUGAUCAAGGAGGUCACCCGACAAUGUCACUUGAAGGGCAUCUUCCAAGCCCUAUACACGGCGGGCCUCCUCCUUCCCACCCCAAUCUCGACAUGCCGGUACUACCACCGCAUGCUCAACGUCAAGAAGCUCGUCGAGGUCAACUUCACCUCCGUGCCCUCCAACAUGACGCUGGCGCGCCUCAUCCGGCUCAACAAGCUCCCCGAGACGCCCAAGUUGCUCGCGCACGGGCUCCGCGAGAUGGAGGACCGCGACGUGCCGCAGGUGACGGCGCUGUACGGGAGGUACAUGGACCGCUUCGGGAUGGCGCACAUCAUGAACGAGGACGAGAUCCGCCAUGUGCUUCUCAGUGGGCGCGGCGUGGGCCCUACCACGCCCGACAGCUGGAAGACUCCCCGGGAGGAGCAGGUCGUGUGGUCGUAUGUCGUCGAGAACCCGGAGACGCACAAGAUUACGGACUACUUCUCGUUCUCGUUGCUGCCCUCAACGGUGAUGACGACGGACAAGCACAACCUCCUCAAAGCUGCAUACGUCUUCUACUACGGCACGGACGUCGCGUUCCUCGACGGUGCCGAGGAAGACGGGAGGCUCAAGAAGCGCCUCGAGGAGAUCAUCGGGGACUGCCUCGUCAUUGCGAGCCGUUGCGAAUUUGACGUCCUGAACGCGCUGACCCUCAUGGACAACGUUCAGUUUUUGUCAGAUCUCCGGUUCCACACGGGCGACGGCAUGUUAAACUACUACCUGUACAACUGGCGGACCGCUCCUCUGGCAGGAGUGACCACCGUUGGCGGCGUUCCGGCUGGGAAGGGCAUUGGCGUUGUCAUGCUUUGA